AUGGCAUCCCUGGGCCUCUGGGUCUGGCUCCUGCUCCUUCAGCCCCUGCUCUGGGAGGCCCUUGCGGUUGGGGAGGGGGCGCAGGGCGGGACUGCGCCGCCCUCACGCUCUCCCACCCCCUCGGAGGGCGGCCGCCAGGACCCCGGGACGAGCCUGUGGAAGCUGCCACCCGUAGGGUUUCAGGGGCCUUCGGAGGCCCCGGAAUUCCCUGUGGCUUCAGAGUCCCCCGAUUGGGUGGCGUUUACUCCGGGGGGCUCUGGUUCCCACGCGGCUGUGGCAGCUCCGCAGACAUCACCCCCAGCCGCAGAAGCGGCCAGAAAACUGGCCAUUUCUACAGUGUGCGGCCAGCGCACCAUGCGGAUAAUCGGCGGAAGGCCGGCUUCCGAGAAGAAGUGGCCCUGGCAGGUGAGCCUGCGCAUCAACGACGAGCACGUGUGCGGGGGCUCCCUCAUUGGCAGUCGGUGGGUGCUGACCGCGGCCCACUGCGUGUUUGGCCAUGUGGAGUACACGGUGAAGAUAGGAGACACACACCUGAGGGAAACCUCCACGAUGGCGGUCAAGGUCCCCGUUCAAGACAUCGUUAUCCACCAAGAUUAUAAUUCUCUUGGAGUAGUCCAAAAUGACAUUGCUCUGGCCCUGCUCGAGUUCCCUGUGAAUUACUCCUCGUACAUCCAGCCCGUGUGCUUCCCCGAAAUGGCUUUCCUGGUGCAGACUGGCACGGAGUGCUGGGUGACUGGAUGGGGAAAGCUGCGCGAACAAGAUUCCAAAGAGGACGCUCCGGAACUGCUGCAGGAGGCCGAGCAAAGCAUCAUUCGCUAUAAGGAAUGUAAUGAAAUGUUAAAGAAACUGUUACAGACGUCGACGGACAUACUGAAGAAAGGGGUCAUCUGUGCGUACAGUGACCUAGGAAAGGACUCCUGCCAGGGAGACUCCGGGGGCCCCCUGGUCUGUGAAUUCAAUGACUCGUGGGUCCAGGUGGGGAUCGUGAGCUGGGGCUUCGGCUGUGGUCGCAAGAGAUACCCUGGAAUUUACACAGACGUUAGUUUCUACAAGGACUGGGUCAUUCAUCAGAUGAGUCAGGCUUUUGCUCUUCGCUCAGCAGGACUCCUCAUCCUGCCCCUGUGUCUGGGGCUGCCCCUGGGCCUCCUGGCGACCCCGUGA